UCCUCUCUUGCCCGACUGGGAAAAAAAGGUUGGAUCCCAGGGCACCGUGCCGGAGAUGUCUCCCGGUGUCGCCAAGGAGGAGGUAUGCGGAGCUGUGCGCUGCGCUGGGGCCGCGGUCGUCUCCCCCUCCCGGUGAUGCUCCUCUUAAUCCCGCCGUUCCUCCUCGCCCUCCAGCUCCUCGUCGUCGGACCACGGUUACCUCGAGCCACCGGGGCGGGGGUGGAGCCGGAGGUGGCCUUUUCCGUUAUCAGCAUCGAACCGGACAGGAACUCACGACAGCGGGGAUCCCCGUCCCGGGGUCCGGGUUUGAAAGAGGAGGAGAAGGAGGAUGAAGAGGUGGAAGAUGGGGAGAGAAGGGAGCUGGCACGAGCGUAUGAGGAUGAGAACGAGAUGCACUCGCGCCAGAUGGAACCCAGAACACUGGAGGUGCAGCCGUGGGCGGCAGACGAGCCAUCCUUCACAGCAGGACUCAAUCGUAUAAUCACCUAUAUUACCAGGCCACAGCUGAACUGCUCCAGGGUUUUGUCUCCAGGUCAGUCUCAGGCAUCACCGCCCCCUGCGGAGUCACCCCCCUGGAUGCUGUGUGCUGAGGACUGGCUCCUCCCAGCUGCAGACAGGCCUUGUGUUGCGUACUCUUUUAGUAUGGAUGGGUCAGAUGCAGAUUUUCUAAAGACUGUGACUGGGCUAGGAUGUGAAGUCCACUGUUUUGAUCCGAGCACCACCAGUGCAUCUGGUGGUCACCGUGGCAACAGUUUGGCCAGCAACCAUGGUGAUGGAGGUGUGGUCAGGCAGCACAAGAUGUGGAUGGAGUGGCGAGCUGCAAGGAAGCACAAGCAGAAGACAAGAGGAAAACUGGGUAGUGUUUCUCAAACACUGGCAGACAUCAUGGCAUCUCUGGGACAUCGCACAGUUCAUUUCCUGUAUGCGGACCUGCUGAGUGGCGAGUGGCGAGUUUUCCAGAACUGGAUUGAGUCGGGAACAGUGCAGAGAUUUCAUCAUCUGGUUGCCCAGGUUCACCUGCAAUGGGCAGGGUUUGAGGUGGGCGGAACCAAUGAGGAAGUGCUCCACUAUUGGUUCAGUGUCCUACAGGGUCUCCAAGCUUCUGGACUCAAGCUGGUCCACAGCUCUGCAGGAGAGGGUCACAGUGUCCUCAAACAGACAGUAGCAAAUGGCCACAGCUCUUACAUACUCAGUUGGGUCAACACAAGGCGAUGAUGACUCAUGAAUGAACACAGGUGUAGACACAUGUACAGACAUUCGUGGAUGGCCUCAAACAAGAAGGAGAAGGUCAAACUAAAAAUGGUUUGAG